AAUAGGAAGUGCUAUUGUUUAAGUUCCAAAUGCAGCACUGACAAGUUUCAUAGAUAUAAUUUAGAAGGACGAAAGCUGCGUGUCCGGUCUUCGACUCUAUCAAUUCGAUAUGAUUGCAUUUUAGAGAUUUUCCGCUUAAAUAGCAUAUAAAAGAGUAAAUCGCUGGUAAAUAACUUCACAUUGUGAUAGAAAAAGUUGUGGAACGUUUGCUGUACGGAAUCAUUGAAAUUUGUAUCAACCAACAAACUAUCUCGACAUGAGGCGAUUCAUUCUUAUCGCCUUUGUCGGCACUUUUUUAAUGAGAAAUGUUACCCUAUUUAAAGUUCACAAAUAUUCUUCGAAUCUGGAAUGGCUGUUCAACUCACGUAAAUUGAGUAAUAAUGAGGAACAAAAACGAACUGUGUGCGAAUCCGAGGGAUGCACAAAUAUGGCUAACUUCGUGCUAGGAAACAUGAACAAGUCUGUAAACCCGUGCGACGACUUUUACGAAUACGCAUGCGGAAGGUGGCCGGAACAAAAUCCUAUUCCAAAAGAAUAUGUACAGUGGAGUGUGAUGAAUUUACUUCAAAUUAACAAAACCAAUCCGCACGUGCAAGAGAUUUUGGAGGCAGAACCUAAAGAGGACGAUCUUACAGCGAUAAAGCUUGUGAAAAAGUGGUAUAAGACUUGCAUGGAUACUGAUGCGAUAGAAAAGCAAGGGAUCGGUCCGCUGGUUUCUACUUUAACGCGUUUAGGUGGCUGGCCGAUGACAAUGGAACCAGACGAAUGGAACGAGCAGGAGGACAGUUGGCAAAAAGUGGAUGAUCAAUAUAUGCGUUUGACAGGCAGCAAUGCUUUUUAUGACGUGCGCAUAGACGAAAUUACAAAAGACCCAAAAGUAGUAGAGAUUGAUACGCCGGAUUUACCACCGGGUUCAGAAAAACUGUACUUUGUAAUGGAAUCUGACGAAGAAGACGACGAUGACAAAGAAAACGUUGAAGAACAAAGUAAAAAUGAUGAGGACCCAAGUAAUGAAGGUAAACAAAGCAAUGAGGAACAAGAAGCUGGAAGUGAAGGCGAAGAUAAUUCUAAAUUUGUUGACAACGAUAAUGAUAGCGAUGAUGAUGAUAGCGACGAUGAUUACAAUGAUAUUGAUGUGGAUGGCAGUGGCUUUAGCCCAGACGAUGAGGAUGACAGUAGCAUUAGCGGAGGCAGUGAUGACAACGAUGAUAACGAUAAGUAUGACGACACGAAUGAAAAACGUAAAACUGACAAAAAAAAAAUAGGCCAAAAAGAAAAUAUCAAGAUCGGUCACAGGAGAAGCAAAAAGUUACGGCACGUUGAACAAGGGAAGAGCGGUACAGGAAUCACUAAGAAGCAUAAUAGCCAUAAAACAAGAAGACAAAGAAUAAAGAGACAGACAGAAGUUGACAUUAAACGCCAGCAGCGUUUUAUCCAUCAUGAAAAUUCACAUAUUCGGAAAGACGACAAACAAAGAAGACACGUAAGAAAAGUACAUAUGAAAAGAACGAAGAAAAUUGUGGACAAUGAGGAAAUGGCGAAAAUGACUAAUAAACAGAAAAAGAUCGCAUUAAAGAAGAUGAUAUUAAAGAGAUACAUUUAUUACGUUUCGAAAGUAGCUCAUAUCAUAGCCAAAGAGAGAGGUACCAAAAUUUCACGAGAACGUCUCAAUAAAGAUGUCGAAGAUAUGCUCGAGUUCCAAACAAGACUGUUUGAGAUUAAUUCGGUGAAUUUAAUGUCCAGUUUACCUGUCUCACUUCGAGGUUUUCAAAAGUGGUAUGAUGAAAAGAAAUCUGAAACAACUAAAAGUAAGAUUAACUGGGUGAACAAAAUUAAGGCUUUGUUUGACGAAGCGUACGAGUCUGUAAAUGAUGAUUUAUAUUUAAACAUUAUUUCGCCGAGUUAUAUUGAAAGUCUUAUCUCUUUGCUGGAUGAAACGUCAAAUCGGACAAUUGUGAAUUAUAUACACUGGAACUUUAUAAGCAAAAUAAUAAAGACUACCACGAGUGAAAUGACAAAAUUGUACAAUGCGUGGCAUAAAUUUAGCGCAGGGUUGCCAUGGUGGACGAAAAACAGAGAAAGAUCGGAUAUUUGCAAAGAGCCAGAGGAGAUAAACACUAUUAUAAUGUAUGAAUAUGUAAGAAGAUAUUUCUCUGAUGAUAAAUUGAGAGCAGCAUCAAAUAUGAUCAAAGAUAUAAAAGAAGCAGAAGCGGAUCUGAUAAAAAAAUCCGACUGGAUGGAUGAGAAAGCUAAGAACUUUGCUUUAGAAAAAGUAAAGUAUUUGAAAGGACUUAUCGGACAUCCAAAUUGGUACAAAAAUACCACGAUUUUCCAAGAGUAUUUUAAAGAUCUCAUUAUUGGCUCAUCGUACUAUGAGAAUACUAUUCGAUAUGACAGAUACGUCAAAUUGAAAGGCCUACGGAAGUUAUCGAAUAGGAAUAAUGAAAUCCAAUUUUUCGAGGAAACAGAUCCAGAUGGCUAUCUGAAUUCCACCGAUGUGAACGCCUAUUUUAGAUACGAAUUAAAUACCUUAUUUAUCACGACAGCGGAUUUCCAAAGUCCGUGGUACGCUGCCGGUCGACCACGGUCUGUUAAUUUUGGUACCUUGGGAUUCCUCAUAGCUCAUGAAACUAAUCAUGGUUUCGAUGAUACAGGAUACAAGUAUGAUAAAGAUGGUGAUUUCCUGGGAUGGUUCUCAUCAAUGGCCGAAGCGUAUGACAAAAAAAAGGAAUGUUUUGUGGAACAGUUUAAUAAUUAUUCUCUUGAUCCAAAAAGGAAUGUAACAUUAAAGAAUUACGGUUCGAUAACAACGGCUGACAACAUCGCGGAUACAAUGGGAUUACAGGCCACAUUUAAGGCUUAUGAAAAGAAGGAGAAGGAGAGCGAAACAGCGGAUACCGCGUUACCAGGCUUGGAAGAUUUUACCAAUAAUCAGUUGUUCUUUUUAUCUUUUGCCAAUUUCUGGUGCGAAAUAAACAAUCCAAAAUAUUUGGUGCACAUCGCUAAAAAUGAUGAGCAUAGCAUCGCACGAUUGAGAGUUAUAGGCUCUGUAUCAAAUUCGGAUGACUUUGCUACAGCUUUUAAUUGCCCUGUUGGCAGUCCGAUGAAUCCUAAGAAAAAAUGCAAUAUCUGGAAAUGAUCCAAAAAAUCUUUACAAAGUAUAUAUCAUAAAUGUAUCUUAUAUAUCCAGAACUUAUAUAUCCAGAUCUAUUGAUGAAUAAUAUAACGUAUAUUAUUUGA